AUGUCGCCGGCCGCCAAACGGCUGCUGGGCAAGGCUGGCGCGAAACAAAGCGGCCUCACGAUGCGACGGAGGCCGCCUGUCGACGCGCUACCCGCCGCUGCGGCUCCCCGGAGAGUUGCGCAAAAGCAUACCCCCAUUGCCUCUCCCGCAUCGCCAACACCCUCGAAUCCACCGUCUGUUCGGCCCAAGAUGCUCACACUAGCCGCGGUUGCGGUCUUUGCCUUUUCGACUUAUGGAACCUACCUGCUCGUGAGCUACAAGAAAGCCGUCGAGGCCUCACGGUCACUCGACGUGCCCCUUAAUCUGACCGACCGAUAUGACCGAUCCGCUCGAACAUACGACUCUGAAGUGAACACGGCAGAGAUGCUUAUGAGACUUGGGAAGCGACGGAAAGAGAUAAUUGAAAUGGCUAGAGGGAAUGUGCUGGAAGUCAGUUGCGGCACGGGUCGAAAUAUGGAUUACUACCUUCUAGGUGAAAGGCGGGGGAUGGAUGCAGCUGGAAAAGCAGCGCUUCGCGGCUGUAGAUCAGUCACCUUUGUGGACCAGAGUGGGGAGAUGGUUCAGGUUGCCAGAGAGAAGUUCGAGGCGAAAUACCCAGCGUUUAAACAAGUUGUUUUCCGGACACAGGACGCGAUGGACCCUAUUCUUCCUCCAACAGGAACAACAAUGACAAUCCCCAUGGGAACGAAUGGGCCUAAAUUUGAUACUGUUGUUCAGACCAUGGGGCUUUGUUCCAUUGCUGAUCCGGUUGCAUUCCUGAAACAUCUUGCAGACAUUACAGAACCUGAAAAGGGUCGCAUUGUCUUACUCGAGCAUGGCCGCUCAUAUUAUGCAUGGGUCAAUAGACUCCUAGAUGAUCUUGCUCCUGCGCAUGCAGACCAACAUGGAUGUUGGUGGAAUAAGGAUAUUGGGGAUAUUGUUCAGAAAAGCGGGCUUGAAGUGGUAGAGUCUAAGAGAUGGCACUUGGGCACGACAUGGAGAUAUGUCCUGCGUCCGAAAAAGGAGGUUGAGCACAAGAACCACGGAAGCUCUGUGGCUGAGGGUAGUUUGUCUCCCUGGGCUCAGAAGUAA